UCCUCUUCCCUCGCAUGUCGAACUCCUGCGCAGCAGUCGUCUACGCCGAGCAGCUUGUUAGCCGCGGCUACGGGCUGCCUCUCUGGCACCCGGAGCCUGCAGAGCCGUUUGGUGAAAUCGAGAUCGGAGACGUCGGCUACGUGAGCGAGGGCACAUUCAUCCGGCUUUUCAAUGUGCUGCGCCCUGUGGAUGACCCUAUUAAUGCGGAUGGAGUGCCUGAGGGGUUCGUCACGCUACGACCUAAUCCACGUCUCUUGCGAUCCGGCGAGCAGCACGUAUCUCCUGGCCCAAUCUGUACGACAACGACGACGUACCGAAAAGUGGGCGUAGAAGCGGAAGGUGCCGUUGCGGCAUCAUACACCUUUAGCUGCAAUAGCAGUCGCGGCGCCGUCGCUGUUCUGGGGGACAGCGGACAUCAGCAGUGGUACCUGCGCAACCGGAGCUUCCGGCAAUACAUCGCGAAGUACCACUCCUCUUGGUACGACUUCGCCGUGGCAAAGGACCAUGACAUUGCACCCGAAUCGCUCGUGCUCGUCUCGGGCUGGCUCAAGACAUCGGAGUGGGCGAUCGCGACGUUCUCGAACCAAGGAAAGGCCCACGAUAUGUCGCUUAGCGCCUGCGCAGGCUCGUACGCGUCAGCUGCCUUCGAGAUCUCUGCGGGCACGGAGGUGCAGAUGUCCGUUGAGCAGCGCUCUGGUCCACCCGAGAAGGCUGGAGUAGCGGAGGGCCGCUUGCCACAUGAUCAAUGUCUUUUCCUGAGGUACUACAAGCUCAAGAACCGCGCGCUCGGCAGGCCGAAGGUGUCUCUGCAAGCUGACGCAAGAGACGUGCAAAGUCCGUGGCAAGAAUCGCUGCCGUCGCACCGGCACAACAGGGGCUCAACAUCGAGCGGCACGGGCAGCCCAUCAGGAUCUUCACGAUCGUGGCUCUCACGCCUCUUUGGGGAGCAACGGUCGACAGGCCGCCCGAACCCAUGGCGUAAAGCCAGCUCGACGGGCUGGAGUAGCGGCAAAUCAGGUUUAUCGCAGGUGGAGGAGAUGCCACGGGCGGAUGACUUGGAGAGCGUGAGUAUUAGCGAGUCUGGUGUGUGA